CGAACAGGGGUGUAGACUGUGGCUCCCCAAUCUGAUGAAGAUGACUGAGCAGUGGUCAGUAAUGGUUCGGAGUGUCGAAUAACAGACUGCUUCGGUAUAAAACCGCACGUUGGCAGCUGCACUCGAGUAGACUACCACCAGCAUUCCAGAGCAGAAACCUCCACAUCUCCACAGCUACUCCAGUCGCCAUGAGGCUCUUCAUCCGAGCACUAAUACUAGCUCCCGCCGCCCUCGGCGCCUUGCUUGUCGACUUCAACGCCGCACGUGGCGACGAUCCAAAGGCCCUGGGUCUCCGCAACCUCGAAGCUGCUCGGGGUGACAAAAGGAGUGAGAAUUCUGCUGAUCUCUACAUCAAAGCCGACAAAGAUGCAGACGGUGCUGCUGCAGCCCACUUUCAUCGUGCCAAAGCGAACAUCAGAGCCGAGUACCAUGCUCUGAAUGAGGAGACUCAGGCGGGCAAGACGUACUGGAUAGGGUACGAUGUUUCCAUCAAGAAGCUUCAAAAAGGCUUGAUGAUUUGGCAAUUCAAAGAAUACAUUGCCAACAAAGACAAGGGCGCCAAUAUCCCGCUCUGUCUCGAAGUCAUAGACUCCACGCAUCUGGAAUUCCAGUAUCAAGCGUCAAACGGAGCCAAGCGUGUGGGCCAGUGGCAGAAAACUAUCAGCCCCAAUCAACGAUACAAGAUUGGUAUUGCCAUCAACACCGGUUCUCCGGGAUGGGUGGAGCUUUACAUCGAUGGCAAGCAGCAGCGCCUUGGCGAUGACAGCGUCAAGCGACUGACCGCGACCACUUUUCCUGGUAGGGCGGACCCGAAAUUCGGCGCCUACGGUGGCGAGGCUAUUGACAUUGACACGUUUGUGUAUGAUGUGCAGAUUGGCGAGAGUAAGGCAGAUGUUGCUAGGGCUGCUGGAUUCUAGACCUUCUCCGCAUAGAAAGCAACUGUUACAUGAGUUCGGAGAAUGUCAUAAACAUCUAUUUCAAGUCGUAAACUUCAAUACUGGACACGGAAUCCUAUUUCUUCAGCGCUGUACCGCCCCAGGACAUACGCACUGUCUCUUCGAGCGGCUGAAUCUGCACUAUCCUUAGUGUGGGCAGGUCUUCUAUGAAGAAUGACCGCCCUUCCGUACUGUUUUCUGUUACCAGUCCCUCAGUACUCUCAUUGCUUCUCCUCGACGAUGUCCUCGCCAUCUCUAGGUCGCCUUUGUUAUCAUCGUCGCGAUGCUCAACAGUAACGAUGACUUCUUUCGUGACAUAGAUCUGGUUCCAGGCAGCGACGACACUGGGCCAGAAUAUAGGCAUUGAGGCGCAUAUGAUCGCGAAGUCGAUCUCGAGGCAUGAGAAAACCAGGACUUCGGGUAGCCAGAAUGUAUAGUCGUACAU